GAGGAACUGGAGACCUGCAUUAAACUGUUAUGUGAUCAGUCUCACAAUCAUAUGAAAGUUCGAGAAUACGAUAAAGCUUUAAUAGGUUACAAUAAGUAAAUUCGGAGUUCUGGACUAAAGGAACAUCGCCCUUCGGAACAGAUUAUGUGAAUACAUCAUACCAUAGAAAUAUCAGAGAAUCCAAUAUUCGUUUAAAUAAAUGUAUCAUUAGCAGAACUGUAUACAUAAAUAAUGCCUAAUUUUUUAUUUAUUAAAUUUUUUUCAUGGUGUUAACAAAACAAAUAGGCACUUAAUUUGUUAUUUUAUUUUAUUUCCUAUUAGCGCAUGUGAAUUUUCAAAGCAAGUAUUUUCGAUACAGAUGAUCAAGGCAAGGGGAGGAAAUUUUAGUGUAAAGCAAUUUUUGUGUCAUAAUUUUGAAACACAUGAUCGUAGACCGUUACUAUUCACUUGGUAAUGCUUUCAUUUACCUACAUAUGUAUGUAUAAAUAAAGAUUCUUCUUUCGUUUCAUUGUCGUGUAGCUCGUCUGGUAGAAUGUUUUCAGAUCUUUUAGUGUUUAUUAAUUGUUCUAAUUAUCCAUCUAUCUAUCAACUAAGCCGAUAUGAAUAUAUAAUGUAGUAAACAAGUACAAAUAUCAAGUGAUACCCGUUAAGUUGCAGUAAAAAAGAUUCCGACAGAAAAUUCUCCCAUUUCCUUUUUAAAGUAUGCUCAUACAUAUAACUUUUAACUGAACACACAAUUAAUUCGGUCUUAGAUCAUUGAAAACCACAUUUUACCUAAAACCACAAUUAAUAUUUAACACAAACAAGAUUUAGUUGGAAUAAACAAAAAUUUUUCCCCUAGUUCUCAAGAAUUUCAUUAUUAUAAAUUAACUUAGGUUCUGAAAUCAUUUAAUUAAUUAUAUUAUUUUGCGAGCUUCUUACGUCUCAUCAUCUUUAAAAAGUAACGUUUUGAAUUAAAAAAAAUCUGCCUGACGGAUUGAUCUUUGAACGGAACUUAAUUGUGAAUUAAGUUGCCUAACAGUAACUCUGGGGAUAUAUAUACAUACAUAUAUGGAUUAAAUAGUGAUCAUAGCAGAUAAUACUACGAAAUUACAAAAUGAAAGUAUUAUGCAACACAACGUCAUGUAACUCACAAAUUCGUAGACGUUUAUCGUCUAUUAGGCUAUUAAAAUUAAACCUAAAUUGCAAUUAAUUCAUACAUUUGCACAAAUUCGUAGUAAUUUUAGCCGAAUGUGUACAAUAUAUAAUUUUCCAAAUCUGGUAGAUUAGCUAUCGAUUAUCACAUGUUCCCAAGCAACACAAACUUUAAUUUCACUUAACAACGCGUAUUUCACAUUAGGGUUGUAUAAUAUAUUAAAUAGCAUUAAUCAUCGAAGGAAAGCAAAUCUCGACAUUUGUCAAUUUCUUGACUUAGCUAGCUCUUAGAUAUCAAUACUACCAAAUUAUAAUAAGAUAAAAUAUAUAUAUACAAUUGUAUAGGAAAAUAUGUCCUAAAAAGGAUUUAUUUAUUGUGUUAGAAUUUAGAUAAUUAUACGCUCAUGUACAUUUUAACUUCCGUCCCACCCAUAUGAUUUUUUCUCGAGCAAUAACCUAAUACAGAUAUGCUUGUGGAUUCAUUGAACAAAUUUUAAACGUAAAUGUUGAAUGGAAAAUUCAGUUUUAGCAUAUUCAUAGGCGUAUUUUUUGGAUCAAACUUCUUUCCGCCAAUAUGUCAAGUGUUAUGAAAAACAUUUUAGAUGUUGAUAAAGAACAAGAAUUACUUCAAAGUUUUAUAAGAAUCGGAAUAACUGCAGACGAAGAGUCAAUAGAUGAAUCAUCACGCAAACUAAAUCAAGCCCGGUACUAUUCUUCGCCACGUACAAGACAUUCUUAUAAUGGGAAAAGCUUGUCUAACGCUAUCCCAGGUGGCCGAAAUUUAAAUAGCAAUCGCAAGACUGUAAAAUUUGCUGACGAUGUAGAAAAAAGUGGAGUUGGAGGUCGCGGAAACCGUAUUGAGGCAGAAUUGCGUGCUGCGCGAAGAAAAACCGAGGAUCAAUUAUUAAAAAAAAAAACAAAAGAAAAUUUUGUAGACUUCUAUACUGAUAAAGAUAGAGCAGCAGCUGUAAGCGCCGGCACUUACGACAUUAAACAAAGCCUGCAAAUAAAACAUAAACAGGAUCGUAAUGAAAUCAUGCAAAUACCGGAUGAGGCAGACAUUAAUUCCAUUAUAGCAUUGGGGUUGAAAGAAAUUAAAAACGCCAAUCCAGAAAACGCCGUAUAUUUCUUUUCACAGGCUCUCGAACUAAAUGGAACUGACAUAAAUGCGUUGGUUUCUCGAAGUAAAUGUUACCUUUUGCUAGGGGAGCCAUCAAAAGCAUUACAGGAUGCGGAAACUGCACUCACUGAAGACAAAAAUAAUAUUCGAGCAAUUUUCCAAAAAGCAGAAUCCCUCUAUUUUCUUGGUCAAUUCGAACAGAGUCUAAUGUUCUUCCACCAAGGCUUACGCGCACGUCCCGAAUUAUAUUCCUUUCGAUUGGGUGUUCAAAAAACUCAAGAAGCCAUUGAGAAUACUAUAGGAACUAGUAAAUGUUCAUCGCUCAACAUUGCACUCAAGUCUGCGAAUAAUAAAAUUUCUACUAAAUCUAACAGCAAUAAACAAUCUCAAAAAAAUGUACAACAUUCGAAUCGCCCAAAACUAUCCAGAGACGAAAUUGAACGACUCAACGCUCGCAAAUUGUUAGGUGAAUUAUGCGUUGACAAGGAGUAUUUAGAAAAACUGUUGAAACACCCGGAUUUAGUUCGAGCCGAUACAAACUCGGAAAAUAUUUCCAAUCAUGCAAAUGAAGCUGUUAACUUUCUAAUAAAACGACAAGAAUUUUGGCGACAACAACGUCCUUGUACAUCACUCACAAGUUACAAAAACCUUCCCCAAGAACCUCUACCAGACUGGUUUUAGAACAAUUUUAUAUAAGUGAAUUACUAGAAACUUUACAUAUCUAUAUACAUACAUAUAUGGGUUAGCUCAACAUAAUCAAACUAAAGGAAAUUGCAAUAUUAGUAUAUUGAUUUAUUAUAGCUUUAU